AUGAUCACCAUCACGGAAGCCGCCGCCGAAAAGAUCAAGGAGCUGGCCCCCGAUCCUCAACACGCCCUGCGCAUGCGGGUUGUUGGGGGUGGCUGCUCGGGCCUGCAAUACCAGAUGGGCCUCGAAGAGGAACAGAAUCCCGGCGAUAAAGUGCUGACCAGCAACGGCAUCAAAGUCCUCGUCGACAUGAAAAGCGCCCUGUACCUCGCCGGCGCCGAAGUCGAUUACAUCAACGGCCUGAUGGAAUCCGGUUUCAAAAUCACCAAUCCCAACGCCAAGACGACGUGCGGCUGCGGACAGUCGUUCCACUAA